GUGAUAAAUCAUGGAGUGAGUGGUACACUAGUAGAGAAAGUGAAGAAGGAUACUCAAGAUUUCUUCAAUCUCCCACCAGAAGAAAAGGAAAUGUUGAAGCAAGUAGAUGGUGAUAUAGAUGGUUAUGGACAAGCUUUUGUUGUUUCUGAGGACCAAAAACUUGAUUGGGCUGAUAUGUUUUUCUUGACAACCCUCCCUCCUCAAUUCAGAAAAAAACAUAUCUUCCCCCACCUUCCUCAACCAUUCAGAGGAACAGUGGAACUAUAUGCAGUUGAACUGAAAAAACUGGCUUUAAAGAUCAUUGAUUUUCUAGCAAAAGGAUUGAACAUGGAUAAAGAAUACAUAAGGGAACUUUUUGGAGAAGGAUCGCAAUCAAUGAGGAUGAAUUACUAUCCGCCAUGUCCACAACCAGACAAAGUGAUUGGACUUACUCCUCAUUCAGAUGCUGUUGGCCUCACUAUUCUCCUUCAACUAAACCAAAUGGAAGGACUUCAAAUCAAGAAAGAUGGAAUGUGGAUUCCUAUUAGUCCUCUUCCUGAUGCCUUCAUUAUCAACAUUGGUGAUAUCAUGGAGAUAGUGACAAAUGGAGCCUACCGUAGCAUUGAGCACAGAGCAGUGGUUAACAGCGAAAAGGAAAGACUCUCAAUUGCAACAUUUUACAGCACAAAACUUGAUGGACAAAUUGGUCCUGCUCCGAGUAUCAUUUCUUCUGAAAAUCCAGCAAAGUUCAGAAGUAUUGGAGCUAUAGAUUAUUUCAAAGGUUUAUUUGCUCGUAAACUUGAUAAGAAAUCAUACUUAGAUGUUAUGAGAAUUGGAAACUCUCAGAAUCCAGCAAGUUGAAACGCGACAGUAUUGGACCUAUGUAUUCUCUAGUAAUUGUGACACUAUGUAUCAAUCUUUCUUCAGAAGUUAUGUUUCAUCAACAUUCAGUUACUAGUUUGAUGUUAUAAUCCGACAAAGAGGCAAUGAUCGACACGUUGAGGGAAUAAGUUCACCUUGCAAGUGUAUCACUUUUUUACAAAAACAUAUCAGAGAAGAAUUUUAUCAAGAAAAGUAAAGAUUGUUCAUUCACAAUAUUUUCUGAUACAAAUCAUAUCACUACAAUAAACUACAUUUUAUCUA